AUGAACGCUCUCCAGCAGAAACUGCCCUUCGCAAAAGGGCCGGUCCGAGUGCGGGCCAUCAUAUCCUACGUGCUCGACUAUGUUAUUCUCAUCGCCCUCGUUAUCGCCUUUUUCAUUCUCGACCGCAUCGAGCCGUUCCACCAGAACUUCUCGCUGAGGAACAUCGCUAUCCAGUACCCCUUCGCCCAGCAUGAGCGCAUCCCCAUGUACACCGCCCUCGCCAUCACCGGCGGCGCGCCCCUGCUCGUCAUCGCCCUCUACACCAUCGUCAUCGACGGCCUCUUCUCACAUAGCAAGCGCACAGACCCGGCGACGGGCCGAGUAAAGCUGAUGGGCCGUUACCCCCUGAAGAAUCGACUGUGGGAACUGAAUUGCGGCGUCCUCGGCCUGUUGCUGUCCCAGGCCGCCGCCUUCGUGAUCACCACGGCGUUGAAGAAUGCUGUCGGGAAGCCCCGCCCAGAUUUCAUUGACCGGUGCCGCCCCAGAGCAGGAAGCGAGGAUGGCCCGGUUUUUGGUCUUUCACGCUCGAUUAUCUGCACGCAGACGAACCCCGCGAUUAUCAAAGAUGGAUUCCGAUCAUGGCCUUCUGCUGCUUUUGCGGGCCUAUUCUACCUUUCCCUAUACCUUGCAGGCAAGCUCCACGUUAUGGACAGCCGCGGAGAAGUCUGGAAAACCUUCGUUGUCACCACUCCAGCCUUGGGCGCCGCACUGGUCUCCGCGACGAGAGUGAUGGACUCUCGCCAUCACGGAAUCGACAUCGUCUCGGGGUCAGUAUUGGGCGUUGUGUGUGCAUGGCUGGCCUAUCGCCAAUAUUUCCCACCCAUCUCAGAAGCCUGGAGAAAAGGAAGAGCCUAUCCGAUGCGCACCUGGGGAGCAAUUCCAGAACCACCCGUGUACCGCGAGACUCGCCGCGUCGACAUGGAGGAUGACGAUGAGGCAAAACCUAUGGCGCACGACGAGGAAUAUCAAGGUGUUUCCAGCAAGGGUUAUUCUGCGCAGCACCAGCAAACCGAAGUCGCGGGCCCUGGCAGCAAUCCGUUCCAACCUCCGCGGGCUUACGAGCGGGGAGCGCAAGGCCAAGGCCAAGGGAACUACUCCUCGUCCAGCGGUGAGACUCCGGGUUACGAGAUGCAAUCAGGAUAUCGGGGAAGGCACCAAGCUAGCGAGUCACAGGAGCGGUUGGGUACGGGACGUCCAGCAGACACCUCGUAUCACCCUCCAUCGCAACAAAUGGCGGCUCGCUGA